CUCGGUCGAGGUGUCCCAAGGACGGACAUCAUGUUGGACGUACAUGCAAUCCUGCGAGAGGUGUCCGUGGUGGAUGCCCAGAAGCUUCUCGCGACAUCGAGAGCCGAAAAAGCGGCAAAGGAGAAAGAGAUGCAAGCCAUGGGAGGCUCCCGCUACCAGGACCUAAUUGACGCUGCCGAUCAAAUCGUGAGCAUGCACGAAGCGUCCCAGCGCCUCGAUGCGGCGUUGCGCGACAUGCCACAGCUGUGGGAUACGCUCGAGUCAAGUGUUGCGCGCACGAUGGCGACAACACUGUCAAGCGAGGUCUCCCCUGUGAUAUCAGUAGAUGCAGCGCAGUCACACAGUCAUAGCAAUGGAGACCUUGUCGACCUGGUCGUUGGAGCGUCCGAGCGCAUGUGGGUCGCCAUGGAGCAAGGAAACCCCCUGGAAGCGCUUUCCAUCUUCAAACUUGUCGACGGAGUGACCUUUUCGGACAUGGAAGGCGGCCCCAUGAUGGGCAUCGUCGCAUUCGAGUUGGACGCGAUGCCAUCGUUUCAACACCGAAUUCAGUCCUGCGCACAGCAAUGUCUGCGUGCUCCAACCAAACCGACGUCGUUCUACGAGCGAGCCCUCCUCGUCCUCUUGGAGCUGCAGCAUUCGUCCACCGCCCACGCGUUGCACUCUGCGUUCCUCCAAGGCCGUUCGGCGGCGGCGGCGGCAUUACGGCAAGCAGCUUCACCUUCCCACAAGCAGCACGCCGUACUGGCGUCGCUUGAGCUUGUGCUGUCGACGUUGAACGAUGCGCAUGCCAUGUUUGCCGUGCCGACGUCCGCCUUGUCGACUGCCUUGGCCGACAUCGACGUCCAUCCACUCGAGCUAGCCUGCACUGACUGGACCAUCGAUGCUAUUCGCACCUGGCGACAAGACCUCGUGGCCUUGUUGCAGUCGUUUCAUGACGUGGAAGCGGUGGCGAGUUUGCACCAAGUGGUGCAAUCUCAACUCGACCACCACCGCCAUUCGAAUGAAUCGAUGAUGGUGACGUGGCAGGCUGUGCGCCAAGCCUUGGAUUCCCGCAAAACCACCUCCCAUGACAACAACAAGGAUGCCGACGAUCUCUGGUCUAUUUUCGCAUCCGAUGUGUUUGCCACUUGUACCCAGCGGUUGUUUGCCCAAGCAUUUGACGCCGCCGCGACCGCCUUGGACGCGGCCUUGCUGCGCGACGACGACGACGACGACGAACGCGAUGACGACAUGACGGCCACGUUUGUCGGCCGAUUGGUCGACAUCCAACACACUGGCGAGUCGUCCGCUGCGACGCUGCAGCCGGUCGUCGCCUCCGAGUGCAUUCGUGUGCUGUUCGAUGUGAUCACGACCUUUGCCAGCCAUGCAUUUCCCACCAAAACGAGAUUGCUGCGGCUGGCCCAGCACUGUUUGAACUUGAACGCCGCGAUGCCAGGGCUGUUCCAAAUGUCCAAACCAGUGGUCGCAGCAGGACUCGGCGAUUCCUGGCCAUCCAUUGAAGACGCUUUCGCAACCAUCCAAACAGAAAAAGCCACUGACCACGGGACGCCAUGGCUGUUGUGCAGUCAGCUGCUGCCGUUGUUUCAAGCGCUGCGCAUGAAUGUAUCCCAUUUCGAAUGGCUCAUGCCUACUACUCGGUUGUCACCGUAUCACGUGUACUUCUUACAUCUCGCGACCAUCCAAGGGGGUGCUGCGACGGGACCAGUGUUUACCAAGUUGGCUGACUCGUUUUGUCGGCAAUGGGUGGCCCACGUAGUUGGAACCCACGGCCAGCCCGUGCUGGACGCGCUCACGACCACUCGUUUCUUUGGCUAUUCCAACGACGUCCGUACAAAUUCACAUGGCAACAUGACCAAUGAUGGUGGUGUUAGGAAUGGCGAAGUGUGUACCAUGCGUCGUGGACUCAAGUUCCGGCCACCAUCACGAGCGACGACGACGAAGAUGACAACUCUGCGACAACGUCGCUCCUGGUGUGGCUGCCGUGGUGCGCCACCCCCGCCGUCUCCCACGUGCUGUUUGAAGUCGCCACUUCCACCACGUUGUCACAGACGACGUCGUCUGCGGAUCUGCACGAACGUGUCCAGUCGCAUGUUCGGCACGAGCUCAAGCAGUGGAUAUUCACGUACAUGCACAGCAUCGUAACCGCCUUGUCGAGCCAUCGCGAUACGUCGUCGCCAGUGUCGUUUGGCCAAGCAUGUGCGCUGCAGUGCAUUUUCGAUGUGUACUUUGUCCGCGUCCUUGUGGGCGAGUCCGAGUUCCUGCGCUUCGGAUGGGGCGACCACGACGACAUGGCGCCGCUGCUGGCGUGGGUGGACCCGGUCGACUGGGAGCUCUUUGGCUCGGCCGUUGUCCUCCUUGUCAAGCGGCAGUACCACAUGACCCGCCUACUCUUUUCCGUGUUUCGAUCCAACGACGACGACAACUCGUUUGCCGACGCCGGCUUUGUCGUGUCGGACGCUGGCCUGACCAUGCUGGAAGUGGCGCCCCCCGUCCCCCGCUUCGCCCUCCUGCCCGUGCCCCCGCCCCAGCCCCUCAAGCGCGCGCAAUCGGCCACCCCGACGCCGUCGCAGCGCCUCCUCCUGCCUCCCCCCGUGAACGUGAAGGCGACCGACCCGACGUCGGGACAUGUGCCGCCGUCAACCAAGCGGGCCUCGUCGUCGAUCCAUCAGAUUUUGUCUUCGUCAACAUCCCUCCUCACCAGCAACGCGACGGCGGCGUCCGUAACGGCCACCGCCGCGUCUGCUGCCGCCAAAGGCAUGUCGCUGUUUUCGUCGGCGAGCUCAUAUUUAAGAGAGUAGAAGUAUUAGACGAUCUGCCUUGCAAUAAGUACACCGUAACCCCAUAAACAACAACAUACUAGUGGUACAA